UCAUUUGAGUUGAGCCUGGGCCUGCAAACAAUAGAACACACACACACAUAUACAAAAAUCAAAGAAAAUACUUCCAGACUCGAAAGACAGUUACGGAAUUCACUGGAUAUUCAAAUUUUCGGUCAACUUUUUUGUGCUGGCAACAGGAUGCUCUCGUAUAUCGAUGCGCAGGACUUUGAGGAUAGGGGCAUGCGACACGCCUUCAAUUUCACAAAUACCAGACGCAAUGCCCAGAUGCUGGCCAGCGGCUUUAAGCCGCCUUUGGCUGUGCGCACGGGCACCUCCAUAGUGGGCAUUGUUUACCAGAACGGCGUUAUUCUGGGCGCCGAUACGCGCGCCACCGAGGGACCCAUUGUCUCGGACAAGAACUGCUCGAAGAUACAUCGCCUGCAGGACCACAUCUUCUGCUGUGGCGCCGGCACUGCCGCGGAUACGGAGCAGAUGACGCUGAUGACCUCCGCCGAGCUGGAUCUGCACGGGCUGAACACGGAUCGUCAGGUGCCGGUGGUCUGUGCCAGCAUGAUGUUGCGGCGCACGCUCUUUCGCUACCAGGGCCACAUUAGUGCAGCCCUCGUCAUGGGCGGCGUGGACAAGUAUGGGCAGCAUGUGAACUGCAUUCAUCCGUACGGCUCCAUUGAUAAGUUGCCCUAUGCCGCCAUGGGUUCCGGCACACUGGCCGCCAUGGCUGUGCUGGAGCGUGGCUGGAGCCCCAGCCUCGAUCUGGACCAGGGCAAGCAGCUGGUGCGUGAGGCCAUUAGCGCCGGAGUUUUCAACGAUCUGGGCUCCGGUUCCAAUAUCGAUCUGUGCGUGAUCACGCCCAACGGAGCCCAACAUCUGCGCACCGAGACCAUUGCUAGCGAGCGGGGCGAACGGCUCGGCAAGUAUGCGAUCCUGCCCAACACGACCCUGGUGAAGAGCAUCUCGGUGCAGGACAUUGACAUAACCGAGGAGCACGUCUAUCGACCCUCUGUUUCCCUGUCGCAGGCAGCCUCGCUCAGCACAUCCGAGUUCCAGUCGGAACCGCCCACGGACACGGAACAACCGCCGCCGGAUAAUCCAUAAAUCGCAUACAUAUAUAUUUUACGUUAUCUACAGACAGACUUGGCCAAACCCUCUAUCGUUCGUUUUUCUCUUCUUUAAUGCUUAAUUACAAUUAGACUAUCCGCUCGGAUCUUAAAUUGUGGACAUGUCUAGUACCCAAAGUAGUCCACAGAUGGCGCCUUGCGGCAUAUUUUUGAUUCUUUAUAUGAGAAGUCUGAUUGUUAUUAUUGCCCAAUCUGCUCGAUUGAAAUUUCAGCUUUAAACCGAACUGCAAUACAUUUUUAAAAUAAUUGCUAGUCGACUAAGAGAUACCCUUUAAGACAACACAAACAUCGUGGCUUCUGCUGAGGCAAUUUUCUAAUCCGAUCUUUACAAUAUUUUUAACAUAUGGAUCUAUGGGAGUAUUUAGUAGAACAAUGAUAAAAAACUCGCUCGUAAUGCUUUAGGCUCAGGGUAUUUACAGGGUAUGAACUUGUCGUUCACAGCCGCUUGCCUUCUAAUUGACAAUCUGGCUACAUUAAUGACAGAGCCUGCCAAAUGACAGAGGGUGGGGCAAUUCGGUGGUGCGGUGGAAUUUUCUCGGUCAAGCGACAAUGGCAGCUGGACACAC